ACAGCUAAUGUAGACGCCUUUAAGGUCAUUCUACAAUGAAGGGUUUAACAAGUUUUAACGCAGUAGCAGUAGGUUGUAAGCGAUGACUUCCGGUGCGAUAAGUUGUAACAGUAGUCGUAAGCGAAAUGAACCAAUUCCAUUUCCUACGUCCUACAACCUACAACCUACAACUAAUGGCAAGAUGCGCACAGUCACGGGAAAGUGUUUGCAUUGUUUGCGCAUGUACUGUGGUGUGCUGUAGUGUUUGCAUCUCUUCUUAUAUUAUUUUCAUCAAAUUUAUAAUAUCAUGUGCGACGAGGAAGAAACCGAUAACGCCGGCGACGUCGGUGACGUCGGCGAUGAAGAUAAUUUUUGUCAGGAGAUUUUGUUGGAUCAAUGUGAGCUGAUUUCGUCUGUCAAAAACAAUCCGGCUCUGUACGCAAAAUCAAGUAAAGAAUAUUCUGGAAAAGGUUUUAAUAAGGAUUUAGUGUGGCAGAGUGUAGGAUCGAGUCUCACAAAGCCCCUGUCAGGAUCAGAGGCUUCCAAAAUAUUUUACAAACGCUUCGUCAACGCUUCGGCAGAGAGAGACGAAAAGUGUUGGCCUCUCUAAAAGGAAAAUCGGGAAAGGAAAAUCAAGGAGCAACAGCAUCAUAUACAGGGUGUUUGAUAGCUGAUCAUGCAGACGAAAGUUGGAGAUAGAUUGGGUGUAGCCGAGA